AACAGUUAUUCAUCUUCAUUGUGCUGGAUAUAAGGACCGAUUUCAGAAAUUGUAGGAUGCACAUUACCAUCUUCCACCGAAUAUGACAUACUUCAUUUGGAACCUAAUGCGCUCUGCAUUGCUUCCGGCCGUUGUUAUCUUCUAUUCCAUUUGUGGGGCUGAAUAUGUUAAAACAAAUUCUCAAGCAGACCUUAACCUUCUUAAGGUACUAAAUACAUCGGAACCAUUGUACCUCUUCUUAUGGAAACCUAAAAUACCUACGAACGAGACAUGUGUGGGAUAUGAUUGCAAUAAACAAACUAGAACCUGCGAACAUAUGCGAAAAAGGGAGAUGGACAGAAUUUAUUAUAACCAUACAGUAUCCAAGCUUGUAUCCAACAAGACAUGGUUUAAUGAUACUAAUUUAAUGGGGAAAUUUAUUUUGGGAGAUCCUCCACAUAAAAUAAAUGUCUACAAUGUAACAGAUCCCAUUCCAGAACCAUUUCUAAGCUCAUACUGCAUGGAGCUCCUUUACAAUGAACCAUACACAUAUAACUGCAGCGUGCUUCUUGUAUCUACAGACAUAUACGGAAUGUGCAAUCAUUCAAAUCCUGAUGUGCUGGCUACGACAAAAUGCAGCCUAUACAUGCGCGGGAAGCUCCCUCACCGUGUGUACCCUCCGAGGGAGUGCCAAUUCGCCUUCAACAAGUGCAGUAAUUCUCGGAUAACUUAUAUGCCAUACAGUCCGAGUUGUGCCGUUGAUGCUGAAAAUGACGAGGACAGGAAAUACUAAUGUCUCUGGACUCAUAACGAACACUUCUGUAUGAUCCAAGAAUAAAAUAUUUUCAUUUGAA